GUCAUUUUUGCUCGAGUGUUUGGGCUCUUUUUCCUUAGUCGUCGGUGACAAGUUGAAUUGCAACGAACCCAGGCUUGGCCCGUUUACCGACAUCAUGGAGAAGUAUUUGAAGAUUGAGAAGAUUGGCGAGGGUACCUACGGUACCGUCUACAAGGCCAAGGUCAAGGCAACCGGCAACCUCGUGGCACUCAAGAAAAUCAAGCUCGAGGCCGAGGAAGAGGGCGUGCCUAGCACCGCCAUCCGCGAGAUUUCCCUCCUCAAGGAGCUCAGCCACCCCAACGUUGUCAGCCUGAUGGAGGUGAUUCACUCUGAGAACAAACUCUACCUUGUCUUUGAGUUCUUGGACCAAGACUUGAAGAAGCACAUCGACUCGCAGCGCAACGGCCUUUCCAUGGAGCUCAUCAAGUCCUACAUGCUUCAGCUCCUCAAGGGCAUCGACUUUUGCCAUGCUCGCCGCAUUCUGCACCGUGACCUCAAGCCCCAGAAUCUGCUCAUCAACCGCGAGGGCUUCAUUAAGCUGGCCGAUUUUGGCUUGGCUCGUGCCUUUGGCAUUCCCAUCCGUGCCUACACCCACGAGGUCGUGACCCUUUGGUACCGUGCUCCCGAAAUCUUGCUCGGCCAGCGCCAGUACGCUUGCCCUGUCGAUAUGUGGUCCAUCGGCUGCAUCUUCGCGGAGAUGGUCACUCGCCGCCCCCUCUUCCCCGGUGACUCUGAGAUCGACGAGCUCUUCCGUAUUUUCCGUGUCCUCGGCACCCCCACCGAGCAGACUUGGCCUGGUGUCUCCCAGCUUCCGGACUACAAGGAUUGCUUUCCUCGAUGGAGUGGUGAAGGUCUGGCCAGUCUCAUCCCUGGCCUUGAUGCCAUGGGCCUGGACCUGCUUCAAAAGAUGUUGCGCUACGAGCCUUCGCAGCGCAUCUCUGCCCGUCAGGCUCUGACACACCCUUGGUUUGACGGCUGUGCCAUGUAAACGCG